AAACAUAUCAACACCUUACAACUUUCUCAUUAUGCUCACUCUCCAUGUCUUGAUCGAGAUUCUAUUGAAGCUUCCUCCACUUUCUCUAUUUCGAUUAAAAUUUGUGAGCAAAUCGUGGAAUGCUUUAAUCAACGAUCCUACAUUUAUAUCAAAACAUCUCUCACUUUCUCUUCAACAAAAACACAUUAUUCUCCAAGGUCGUCUCGUGAGAACCAACUCUAAACAAUUUGUACAUUCCAUCCUCAAAUUCCCCCUCCAUCGCUCUUUGACCUCUAUUCAAGACGUCCAUUUUGCAUUCGACGAGGAUCGAUCUGUGUCUCUUCACGAUGUCAAUUUCGCUGAGGAUUCUGCUCAUUUACGUAUGGUCAACCAUUCUCAUGGCUUAGUUUGUCUACGUGGGUACGAUGACGAUAUUUUUCUUUGUAAUAUCGCAACUAGACAACUCCGUAAACUUCCACCCUCAAUUAUUUUCCAAGAUAUAAUAGAAAAUCAACCUGAGGAUGUAAACAUGAGAAUGUAUUUGGAUUUUGGCACUGAGGGAUUUUGUUACGAUGCAAAAUCUAAGGAUUUUAAAGUAGUUAGAGUCGUUCGUCCAUAUUUAAUAGAAGAUUAUGAUUUUUAUAUUUCUCCAAGGGUGGAAAUCUACGAUUUAAGCAAAGAUAGAUGGAGAGAAAUUGAUGCUUCUGGUUGUGAAACUGUACAUCACAAUUCUUUGUUUGACAUGUAUCACGAAGGAAAAUUUUACUGGUGGGCGUAUAAUUUUACGUUUAAUUUUGAAGACCCAACUAAAUACAUGCCUGAAAUAAUUCAAACAUUUGACAUUAGUGAAGAGGUUUUUGGCCAAAUUUGGUAUCCAGAGACUAUGAGAAGGAAGGUGAAGUCUAGCCGUCAAAGUUUAGAGAUUUUGAAUGGAUCUCUUGUUCUAAUUGACUAUUAUGGGCGGAAUGAGAAAUCGUUUGACAUUUGGAAGAUGGAAAAGGAUGAAUUUGGUGCUAUUUUAUGGCUGAAGCUAUUGACAAUCGGUCCUAUUUCUAAAAUUGAGUAUCCAUUGUUGUUUGUGAGCUCUAAUGAACUUUUAAUGGAAUGUAAGGAAGGAGAGCUGAUUUUGUACGAUAUCAAAACUGGAGAGUACAAAGAGCUUCCAAUAAAAGGGUAUCAAGAAUUGGAAGGCACAAAUAGUAUGAAAGCUACUUUUUUUGUUAAGAGUUUGUUGUCGGUAGAAGGGGGAAAGGUUAUAAACUAUGAAUUUUAG